UGUGUGUAGGGGGGUUGAUUAGUGGGUCACUUCCUUCCUUUACCUCCAUCUGGUCAAAUGCAGCAGCGGCAGUAUGAAGAAAAGCCUGUUAAAUUAUUGACAAUAGGAAAAGAAAGUGAGAAAAGAACAAGCAGAUGGACUCCCUGCAACUGACAAAAAUUUGAACAAGCAGUUUUAACACAAGCCAUGACUUUAUCCGUACAGAGGAAAUAAAACCAACUGUGGAUGAACGUUGACUAACACUGUUACAGUCAGACAUGUGUUACUUUCUCCUCAGCGCAAUCAGCUGUCUCUGCCUUCUUCAGACUGGUCUUCAUGCUGAAGAAUGCAGCCAGAGGCUUCUGGCAGAACGUGAGACACUUCAUGUACCAGCAGGGGGCAGUCUGUCUUUGUCCUGUGUAGUCCAGCACUGUGGAGGCGCCUGGACUGGAAACUGGAUGAGGACAAAUUCAAGAAAUGAAAAGCCAAGUGAAAGACACCAACUGACCAAUGUGACACUCUCAGCCAAUCAAACUCGACUCAUUUGGAACAUCCUGAGUGUCAAACAAUCAGACGAAGGUUCUUAUGGAUGCAGGGUAAAAUGGGGCCAAGGUGAUACAGAGCAGGGACAUUUAAAGUAUGUGAAUGUUACUACAGCUGACCCCUUCCAGAGGAGUGUACUACACAGGGUUUUAGUCUGUGCCGGUGCUUCUCUUUGUCUUCCCAUCAUUCUGGGUUUGGCUCACUGUCUUAGUUCAAAAGUCAAGCCUCAGCCACUUCCCAGGACGCUGUCCAUUCCUGCAGCUGUAUACAGAGACCAACCACACCCAGCUCCACAGCCUCCACCUCGAUGCCCCAUACCCCAGAUACGUAGCACUUCCUCUCACAAAGCUGUCCCCAAGUCUAGGCAGAAGAUUGAGGUGGUGUAUGCAGAUAUUUCCCAGGAUGCACUGAGACAACAGGGAGCCACCAGAGAGCCUGACCAGUCCACUGUGUACUCAUCCGUCAGAUUUUCAUGACUGCUAUUGAAGCAGGUGAACAAUUGUCUGCUGAGGUUUAAUGAUGUGUAAUUUUUGUAGGAUUGUGGUUGAUCCUUGACGUCUUCACAACAUUCUGACAAAUACUUCACUGUUACGUCAUUCUUAAAUUCUUAAACUCAUUGUUAAACUAUUGGUAAAUCAUCACAGCAGACAAAAACGUAAGAUACAAAUUAACGAAUGAAUAUUUGUCUCUACAUGUCAAGGGCUGUCCUGAUUACACUCUGAUGUGAAUGUAUAGUGUUUUUAAGUUCAGAAAAUCCUUCAUAUGCAGGUAGCAUGAAAGACAAGCAAGGGGAGCAGAUAAUGAGGAGAUAUUGCAGCAUGCAAACCAGCUGAACCUCCCUGAGGUGCUGCAGAGAGCAAAAACUCAGCUAGGUGGCAUCAUUUUAUUGAUAUCACCACUUUUAAUUAUCUUGAAAUGUGACUGCGUACAAGCAAAACAUUAAAUGCAGCACGACCAAUUUAUGUAUAGCAGUUUUCAAAAUGUGAAACAACCUUUAUCUAUAAUAUCUCCCAAGUGUUCCAUGUCCAUACAUAAUUAAAGUAUGAACAAAAACACCCAUGUACUGUGCUUUGAGCUUGUCGUGUGAGAUUUUAAAAAUGAGACACCACAUAAAUGACACAAAAUACAACAUUUUAUUUUAGAAUAAAUUCUCAAUGGCACGUUACAUAACCAAAUAUACAUAUACAUGUUUAGACAUCUUUUAAAUUAACAUAUUUCCUUUAAUCGUUUUACCUUAAUCAUUAGCACACUCUGCAGUUACAUUUGUACAUGACAUCAAGGCUAAAGAAGUUUCAUUUGAAUAAAUUAAGCAUAUUAACAGAGGAAAGGCAGCAGAGCAUUUACAAUACCUGCUACAAACAAAAGUACAUCUGAACUUCCUGUUUUUGUGUGAUUUCUAUCCCUGUUUCCCUUGUUGAAGAUAACCACUGGCCUAACUGAGCACAGUGUGUAUUAGUCAACAAGCUUGUUCCUUAAAGUACUUAUCAGAACUUUCAUUCAGCUGUUCUGCAGCUUUCUUGCAAAAAAUGAAAAAGUCACCCGAAAUACAACGUAGGUGUUUGUAAUUUGGGUGAAACGACUCUCUAGGAUUUGAGUGACAGAACUUCACACACAAUCCUGCCAUCCAAUGGCUGUCUCGACAGUAAGAGCAGCACAUAUGCAUUCUUUCAAAGACCUACAAGCUGAGUUGUUUGGUCACACAGGAAACACAUGUGGGUGUCUUGAUUAGCACACUCAAACCUUCCUCUGUUAUGCAGCUCCAGGCUAAUGUUAUGAUAGAGUUGAUAGAGUAGAGAGGACUGGUACAUCUAUUGUCCUGUUGUGCUUUUAAGCACCUGGCUUUGCAAUUUACUUUUAAGAGACUUUGUAAUAACAACCAACAAAGCGUCAAAUCAAAAAUACAAAAAUAAUAAUAAUAAUAACCCUACAAAGUUCACAUUACAUGUGUGGUUCAAAGAUUCUUUUAACCUGAAGCAUCUUUUUUUUCAAGUCAUUAUUAUCAGCGCACAUGCUGAGAAACUUGGGAGACUUCCUUGUUCAAAAGUUUCAACAAACAUAGACACAGAUACACCGAGCUAGCAAGCUUCAAAGGGAGGUAUCUGAAGGUGAAAUGUUUUCAGAAUCUUCAGUGAAUGCGGGUGUUAAUCGGCAACCCACAACUGUGCUUUAAGCGGAUCCAGAAGAUUCUUGUCCUCUCACAUAGUGAGAGAGAGAGAGAGAGAGAGAGAGAGAGAGAGAGAGAGAGAAAGAGAGCGUGCAUCAGUGAUGAAAGGGCUUUUGAUAGAUUGUAAUGCGCGGCUUUGGCUAAAAUAAGCGCAUGGCAAAAUGUUUUGACAGUGUCUCCCACUGUGCUCCAUAUGAGUUAAUUUCCAUUAACCAAGCACUUGAGCUCAGGGAUUUGAAGUCCCCCUUACAGGUUACAGAAAUGCUGUCAUAGGUAUUUCGACUGACUUUCAGCAAUGUCGAGUUAAUAGUGCAGUAGACACAACGUAGCAGCUAGCAAGGUUACAAAAGCAUCUCGGAAAUUAAAGGUGUUGGGUCCUAGAAAAGCAAUUUUUUAUAUGCAAAGAACAAGCUCAGAUCGUACAGUAGAGAAUUGAGACUCCCUGUGUCAUCACCUCCAAAAUGUUGCUACUGUGUGCAUGUCUUUUGUGUUUGUCUGUGUACUUUUUUUUAGGCAAAAGAGGAACUGCUGCCAGACGUACCAUUCAA